AGCUCCCACAGCAACAUGUCUGUAAGGAGGAGGAGGUUCCUGCGGACCAGCAGCUCUGUAUUCAUGAGAGGAGCUCCAGUCUGGACCAGGAGGAGCCAGAGCCUCCUCAGAUUAAAGAGGAGCAGGAGGAGGUCUGCAGCAGUCAGCAGGGAGAGCAGCUCGUACUGAAGCAGGAAGAAGAUGAUUUUAUGUUGACUCCUACUUAUGAUGAAAGUGACCACAGUGAAGAUCAGACUCUGGACUUCAUCCCUGAUGACACUAUAAGUGCAUCAGAGACAGAGUCUGUAGUCAACAUACCAGUUAUAACCUACGUGAUACCAGAAACAAACAGUGACAACCAGCUUUUCUCUCUCAGCUCUCAUGUAGCUGAGAGCCCAAAUCAUAAAGGAGGCGAGCACGGAGACUCAGGAUUAACUAGAAAUGCAGAGCUUCAUCUGAAGGAAAAUCAUCAUGGAAGCAAUAGUCACACUAACAACGUGCACAGCUCCACCAUGUCAAAGAUGUACAGUUUUACUCACACAGGUAAAAAAUCUUUCAAAUGUGACAAUUGUGGGAAAGCUUUCCAGUAUAAGUCAGAAAUUUUAAGACACGGUAGAGUCCACGGGGAAACCUUUGGUGAGAAAUCGGGUGUGAAACCGUACGCUUGCAAGACAUGUGGAAAAAAUUUUCAAUAUAACUGUCACUUUUUGGCCCACAUGAGAAUCCACACAGGUGAGAGGCCGUUCCUCUGCAAGACCUGCGGGACCAGAUUCAAUGACAAAUCAGCAUUGAAAAAUCACAUUAGAACGCACACAGGUGAGAAGCCGUUCACAUGCACAACAUGUGGGAAAGCUUUUGGACGUAAAACUCACCUGAAGGGCCACUUGAGAAUCCACACAGGUGAGAGGCCAUUUCCAUGCAAAACAUGUGGGAGAGCUUUCACACACAAAAGUCAACUGACAAUCCACAUGAGGAUCCACACAGGUGAGAAGCUUUAUACUUGUGAGACAUGUGGGAAAACAUUCAGUGAAUUAUCAACAUUGAAAAAACAUUUCAGAACUCACACAGGUGAGAGGCCGCAUGCUUGCUUAACAUGUGGGAAAGCUUUUGGGCGUAAAGAUAGCCUGACAGUCCACAUGAGAGUCCACACAGGUGAGAAGUCAUAAGUUUUCAAAACCUUCAGAAAAAAAAGACACUUUGAUGUUUCUCAAGUGUCCAGGCGUAUAAGAUCUCAUACAGAGAAGUGGCUUUCUGACAAUUUAGUUCUGGUUCUUUGUCAAAACAGGCAACAACUCACAGAAGGUAGGAGUCACAGCGCUUGUGGAAAAGGUUUUAAUUAAUGUCAGAACUAAAUUUAACUUGUGGCAUUUCUUUGAUUAAAAGAUUGAACUUUGUGUAAAAACAAAGGAAUUUCCCUCUCAGU